CAGGAAAGGCUGUAGAUGAGGCUGGCCUCACCAGCAGGGGGCCGACGUGAGCUGACAGAACAGACCGAGGAGUCUGUCUUCACUGAGAGGGAGAGACUCAUGAAACUAAAGGAAAAUAAGGACUUUUCCAACAGAUCACAGAGCUUUUUGUGGGAAAGGAUCGCACGUGGACUCAAAAACGUCCUACUUGAAGAACGCCUGUGUGCGACGUACGCGACAAGUUCUGAACUCCAACUGCUGGUGAAGAUGAGCAGCUCAGAGGAGGAUGAAGCUCAGGCUUCACCAUGCAGCCGUCAAUCCAUGAAGACAGAUCAGAACUUCAGAGCUGAACCUGAACCCUCCAACACAAAAGGUCAGCUGAUCACACACAGAGUCCACUCUUCAGCAUCCAGCUGCAUGUCCAUGAACAGUGACUGGUCCAAAAACAAGAAUCCAAACUUCAAAACUGAACCUUCAAACUCAGAAGGUCAGCUGAUCACACACAGAGUCCACUCUUCAGCAUCCAGCUGCAUGUCCAUGAACAGUGACUGGUCCAAAGACAAGAAUCCAAACUUCAAAACUGAACCUUCAAACUCAAAACAGAGCAAUGAGAAUACUAAUUGCGAAGAAGAGCAGGUGUCCUGCUGUUCUUUGUGUCAGAACGCCCUGAAGGAUCCAGUCUCUACCAGCUGUGGACACUGGUUCUGCAGGCAGUGCAUCACCUCGUACUGGGACCAGUCUGAUCCAUCAGGACUCUGUUCCUGUCCAAAAUGUGUAGAAAGACCCAGAAGCAGAGCUGGACUGCAGACCAGUCAGAGCAGAACCAUCCAAACAGAUGUUGGUCUCCAGGAGCCUUUAGAUGAACAUCAAGUCAGUGUGAAGAGAAGAUAUGAAAAUACGACUGAAGGAACCGAUGAAACAGGAAAAGGAACUCCCCUCAACAGAAUCUACACUGAGCUCUACAUCACAGAGGGACUGAGAGAAGAAGUUAAUACCCACCAUGAGGUGAAGCAGCUGGAGAGAGUCUCCAAGAUCCUUCAUGAUGUUCCAAUCAGGUGCCAGGACAUCUUCAAAGCCCUAACUGACCAACAUGGAUCCAUCAGAGUGGUUCUGACCAUUGGUGUCGCAGGAAUUGGAAAAACCUUUUCAGUGCAGAAGUUCACUCUGGACUGGGCCGAGGGCUUGGAGAACCAAGACAUCAGUGCAGUGGUUCCUCUGUCAUUCAGGGAGAUGAACUUGAUCAGAGAUGAGCAGCACAGUCUUCUCACUCUCAUCCAACGUUUCCAUCCAACCUUCCAGAAGAUCCCAGCAGAGCAGCUGUCUGUCUGGAAAAUUCUCUUCAUCUUUGAUGGUCUGGAUGAAAGCAGACUUUCUCUGGACUUCAACAACAGUCAGGUGGUGUCUGAUGUCACUCAGAAGUCAUCAAUCAAUGUUCUUCUGACAAACCUCAUCCAGGGACGUCUGCUUCCCUCAGCUCUGGUCUGGAUCACUUCCAGACCUGCAGCAGCCAAUCAGAUCCCUCCGUCCUGUGUCUCCAGGGUAACAGAAGUACGAGGCUUCACUGACUCCCAGAAGGAGGAGUACUUCAGGAGGAGAUUCAGUGAUGAAGAUCUGUCCAGCAGAAUCAUCUCCCACAUCAAGGCCUCCAAGAGUCUCUUCAUCAUGUGUGGAGUUCCAGUCUUCUGCUGGAUCACUGCUGUGGUUCUAGAGAACAUGUUGACCACAGAACAGAGAGGAGAGCUUCCUAAGACCCUGACUGACAUGUACUCACACUUCCUGAUGGUCCAGACAAAGAGGAAGAAGAACAAAUACCAGCAGGAACAUGAGGAGAAUCCACAGGAGCUGACAGAGGCUGACAUGGAAGUUCUUCUGAAGCUGGGGAGGCUGGCAUUUGAACAUCUGGAGAAAGGAAACAUCAUGUUCUACCAAGAAGACCUGGAGCAGUGUGGUCUGGAUGUCACAGAGGCUUCUUUGUACUCAGGAGUUUGUACUGAGAUCUUCAGAAGAGAGUGUGAGAUUUUCCAGAAACCAGUCUACAGCUUUGUUCAUCUGAGUGUUCAGGAGUUUCUGGCUGCAGUUUACAUGAUCCACUGCUACAACAACAAGAAGACAGAGGUGGUAGAGAACUUCCUGGGGCCUUUAUUUAAAGAUGGUCCAGACAUGGCCUCAAGGCCAAAUUCUUUUUUUGGAAGGAUUCUGAAUUUCUUUGAUGUUUUUAAUUUUUUUAAAAAGUACAAUCAAUGUUUUCUUCUUCUGGAAGAAUUCCUGAAAAGAGUCAUGAUGAAAUCCCUGCAGAGUCAAACUGGUCACCUGGAUCUGUUUGUCCGUUUCCUUCAUGGCCUCACUGUGGAGUCCAACCAGAGAGUAUUGGGAAGUCUGCUGGGUCAGACAGAGAGCAGUCCAGAAACCACCCAGAAGAUGAUCAACAACCUGAGAGAGAUGAACAGUGACCAGUCCUCUCCUGACAGGUGCAUCAACAUCUUUCACUGUCUGGUUGAGAUGCAGGACUUAGCAGUUUGCCAGGAGAUUCAAGAGUUGUGGAAACCAAGAAACAGAUCAAAGAAGAAACUUUUAGAGAUACACUGUUCCGCUUUGGCCUACUUGAUCCAAAUGUCAGAGGGAGUUGUGGAUACGCUGAACCUCAAUCAUUACAACAUGACAUAUGAAGGUCAAAGGAGGCUGAUCCCAGCGGUGAGGAACUGCAGGAGGUUUUGCUUUGCUAGACGUCAUCUCUCAGAGACCAACUGGGAAGUUGUGGUCUCAGCUCUGACUUCUAAUCCAUCCCAUCUGAUAGAACUGGACCUGAGUCAGACACACCUUGAGGAUGCAGUGGUGAAGAUCCUUUAUGCUGGACUGGAGAGUUCAAACUGCAUACUCAAGACUCUGAGGUUGAAGGACUGCAGCUUGUCAGAGACCAGCUGUGCUAUUCUGGCCACAGCUCUGAAGUCCAACCCAUCCCACCUGACAGAACUGGACCUGAGCUUCAACAAGAACCUGCAGGAUUCAGGAGUUCUUCAUUUGUGUGCUUUUCUGGGGAGUUCGGACUGCCGGAUGAAGGCUCUGAGGUUGAAGAACUGCAGUUUGUCACAGAUCAGCUGUGAUGUUCUGGCCUCAGCUCUGAGGUCUAACUCUGGCUGCCUGAGAGAACUGGACCUGGGCUGGAAUGAGCUCCAGGAUUCAGGAUGCCUUCAUCUGUGUGCUUUUCUGCAGAGUCCAGGCUGCAGACUGAGGACUCUGAGUUUGCAGAAGUACGGCUUGUCAGAGGUCAGCUGUGCUGCUCUUGUCCCGGCUCUGAAGUCCAACCCGUCCCAUCUGAAGCGCUUGAACCUGUGUUCAAACAGCCUGGAGGAUUCAGGAGUGAAGCAUCUGUGUACUCUUCUGGAGAGCCCCCACUGCAGACUGAGGACCCUGGGGUUGAUGAACUGCAGUCUGUCAGAGGUCAACUGUAAGGUUCUGGCCUCUGCCCUUAAGUCUAACCCGUUCCACCUGACAGAACUGGACCUGGCCCAGAACGAGCUCCAGGAUUCAGGAGUUCUCCGUCUGUGUGGUUUUCUGGAGAGUCCAGACUGCAGACUGAAGGCUCUGAGGUUGAAGAUCUGCAGUCUGUCAGAGGUCAGCUGUGAAGCUUUGGCCUCGGCUUUGAAGUCCAACCCGUCCUACCUGACAGAUCUGGAGCUGGACGGGAACGAGCUCCGGGAUUCAGGAGUUCUUCAUCUGUGUGGUUUUCUGAAGAGCCCAGACUGCAGACUGAAGGCUCUGGGACUUGGGUACUGCAGUCUGUCAAGAGUCAGCUGUGAUGUUCUGGUCUCCGCUCUGAGGUCCAACCCGUCCCAUCUGAUGCAACUGGACCUCACCUGCAACAACCUGCAGCAGUCAGACGUUCAGCAGCUCCUUGAGUUGGUGCAGAGUCCAGACUUCAAGCUGAAGAACCUGAGAUGGACCACUGACUGGACACACUAGAACUGGAGCAGCAUCGCGAUGGACCAUCAGCUGGACCUGAAGAUGUUCUGACUGGACUGUGUUACUGCGAGGAGAAGAGUGGUGGAGGAAUCUGGGAUGAUGCGCGUCCCUGAGCUUCUGUGGGAACUGAUCUAAGAUGUCGGUGCGCAUGAGGAUAAAACUGUAACACUUCAGAGAGGACAACCCAGAACAGUCCCACCAUGGGAGGAAGAUCUGAUCUCCACCAAGGAAAACCCAACAAAAACUCAGAUCCUCCACACGACAGGAUUCUCCCAUCAGGUGAACCAGCAGCAGAUGUUCUGAGUGGACCGUGUUAUGAGGGAGGAGAAGAGAAACAACGGCCCCAACAUUAUUGUCAAAUAACUGAGAUCAGCCCCACUGUUGACAUAAAUGUGCAAUAGGAAAGUUACAAAUCCACACAAUGGACAUAUAGAGAAUUGCAUUUAUAAAACUCCACAUAAAGUUAAUGUUUUAACACUGAAGUUGAUGUCAGAAAGCAUAUGACAGUGCAUGUAUUCAGUUGGAAACUAGCUAACGUCUACCAAUCAAAACAUAUUAUAAUGUACAUUUGAAUAAAAUGUUAUUUAACCAUUUCUACAAAACAUGAUCUGCCAAAUCUUCA